AUGAAAAAUAUACUCAAUAUUUUGCCUGACAAAGCUAAAAACAGACCUGAUAUUUUGUUUGAUAAGACUAAAAACAAAGAGGUGAAAAAAAAUGCUGACACAGAGUUGAAAAUCGUCAGUAUUGGCAAAGUUUAUCGGCGUGACGAGGACGAUGCCACUCAUACUCACCAGUUUACUCAAAUAGAUUGCUUUGCUAUCGGCAAAAAUUUUUCUUUCUCUCAUUUGAAGGGAACUUUAGAAUCAGUGGUCCAAGAAUUACUGGGUAAAGAACAAACCAUUCGUCUGCGUCCCUCUUAUUUUCCCUUCACCGAGCCGAGCGUAGAAAUAGAUGCCCUAGAAAUUGCGGGAGCUGGAUUAAUUCAUCCGCAAGUCUUAAAAAAUGGCGGCUUUGAUUCCCAAAAAUUCACCGGAUUUGCCUUUGCUUUCGGUUUAGAACGAUUAUUAAUGAUAAAAUACGGCAUUGAGGAUAUUCGUCAUUUUUAUCUGAAUGACAUUCGUUUUUUAAGGCAGUUUAGAGAGGAUUAUAUUAAUGAAGCCACUACUUCUGAGGAAUUACAAAUACGAAAAGCAAAUGUGGAAGCGGUUAUUAGUAAACUAAAAGGGUCUCCACAAGCUCCAGGUCCACAAGCUCCAGGUCCACAAGCUCCAGGUCCACAAGCUCCAGGUCCACAAGCUCCAGUAAAGGCUAAAAAUUAUCCUGACCCGCUGGAAGGAGUGGAUUUAAAAGGGGCCAGUAUGGAUACAUUGAAAGGACUGCCCGAUAGAGGUCCAGUACCAGACCUAGGCAAGGCUGUCCCGACCGGAACCGCUUAUAAAUAUAAAAAUUAUGUCCUAUUAAAUGCAGUUGGAGAUGGAAAUUGCUUCUUAAACUCUUUUUCGGUUUUCUUAACUGGAAAGGAUAAUGAUACUUCGCUUGCUUUGCCUCUAAGGGCUAAAUUAUGUAUAGAGUUUAUGGCUGACCCUGAUAAAUACGUAAGCGGAAUUGAACAAUUAAAAGAAAAACUAAACGGAAGUCAUGAAAAUGGCGAUAUUGCUUACAUGAAAACAAUUUUAAAAAGACAAAUCGUUUUACUUUCCGCAAGUCCUAAUUGGGAAACAAAUUACCCUUAUUUAAAAGAUAAUAAUGGCAUAAGUUUAGCAGAAUAUCCUUCUAACGAUACUCCCGACCAAAUUAUAGAAUACAAUAAACUUACCUAUAAAGAUCAUCCAUUCAUUAUUUAUAACAGUGGCGGUCACUUUCAACCUCUCAUAAAAAAAUAA